UGAUGCCCCUCGGCCUGGUGGCCGCACUGUCUUCUCCCCGCAUGGAGACGGACGGGAGGACGGUGUUAUCCGUGGCUUAUCGCUGUUCGUACAGUCCAAGAGCUGCGGGAGCGACGUCAGGUCAUGCCAACUUGGACCCCCACCACCGACCAGAAAUCACUCAACAAACGUGUGACAGCAGCUGGAUCGAACCAGUUUGAAACCUCAAGUAUUCCUAUUUAAAUCUCUCACCUGCAAUUCUGACGCCUGUCCUUCACCCUGCUUCUAGAGCACCUCACGAACCUCCUCCUCGCCCCUAUGUCCAAGAGAAAAGCAGACGAGAUGACCAAACCAGACCAGAAUGCCUGCCUGAUCGUCAUUGACGGUUGGGGAGUCCCCUCUGCCGACUCUCCCAAGAAUGGAGACGCCAUCACCAACGCCAAGACCCCCGUCAUGGACGAGUUCGCCAAGAGCGCCACCGGCUACACUGAGCUCGAGGCCUCCUCCCUCGCUGUCGGUCUGCCCGAGGGCCUGAUGGGCAACUCGGAAGUCGGCCAUCUGAACAUUGGCGCUGGUCGUGUUGUGUGGCAGGACGUUGUGCGCAUCGACCAGACCAUCAAGAAUGGCGAGUUCAGCAAGACUCCUGUCGUCAAGAAGACGCUCGAGGCUGCCAAGAACGGCAACGGCAGGCUGCACCUGUGCGGUCUCGUCUCUCACGGUGGUGUGCAUUCUAAGCAGAAGCACCUGUACGCCCUCCUCGAGGCCGCCAAGGAGUACCAGGUGCCCGAGGUCUACAUCCACUUCUUCGGCGAUGGCCGUGACACCGACCCCAAGUCUGGCGCCGGCUACCUGCAGGAGCUGCUGGACACCAUCAAGGAGCUCGGCGUCGGCAAGCUGGCUACCAUUGUCGGCCGUUACUAUGCCAUGGACCGUGACAAGAGGUGGGAGAGAGUUGAGCUCGCCCUCAAGGGCCUGGUCCUUGGCGAGGGUGAGGCCAGCAGUGACCCCGUCGCCACCGUCAAGGAGCGAUAUGAGAAGGGCGAGAACGACGAGUUCCUGAAGCCCAUCAUUGUGAACGGCGAUGAGGGUCGUAUCAAGGAUGACGACGUCGUCUUCUUCUUCAACUACAGAUCGGACCGUGCCCGACAAAUCACACAGCUCCUCGGAGACGUCGACCGAUCGCCAAGGCCCGACUUCAAGUACCCCAAGAUCAACAGGCUCGUGACCAUGACCCAGUACAAGGUCGACUACCCCUUCGAGAUCGCCUUCGCGCCCCAGCACAUGGGCAACGUUCUCGCAGAGUGGCUCGGCAAGCAGGAGGUCGAGCAGGUACACGUCGCCGAGACGGAGAAGUACGCCCACGUCACCUUCUUCUUCAACGGCGGCGUCGAGAAGGUGUUCAACCUCGAGACCCGUGACGAGUCGCAGGAUCUCGUCCCAUCCAACAAGUCCGUCGCCACCUACGACCAGGCCCCCGAGAUGUCCGCCGACGGCGUGGCCAACCAGGUCGCCAAGCGGCUGGGCGAGCACAAGUUCCCCUUCGUCAUGAACAACUUUGCCCCGCCCGACAUGGUCGGCCACACCGGCGUGUACGAGGCCGCCCUGGUCGGCGUCGAGGCCACCGACAAGGCCAUCGGCAAGAUCUACGAGGCCUGCAAGAAGGAGGGCUACAUCCUCUUCAUCACGUCCGACCACGGCAACGCCGAGGAGAUGAAGUUCCCCGACGGCAAGCCCAAGACCAGCCACACCACCAACAAGGUGCCCUUCGUCAUGGCCAACGCCCCCAAGGGCUGGAGCCUCAAGAAGGGCGACUCCGGCGUCCUGGGCGACGUCGCCCCCACCGUCCUCGCGGCCAUGGGCCUGGAGCAGCCCGAGGAGAUGACGGGCAAGAGCCUGCUCGUCAAGGCAUAAACAAACAAUAAAAGCAAAAGUGAAAAAAGGCGUUGUGUGGUGUGAGUACGGGCGUGUGGGUGUGAAUUGAAUGAUGAUUGGCAUGGGUAGCUAGCACUGGGGUUCAGGGGAUCAAGGGGUUCUACGGCGGGAUGGGAUGAAGAAAUGAUAUACAUACAGAGCUGAUAGACAAUACAUAGACGGGUCACGCAGAGGGGGUUUCCCGCCGGAAUACAAUACCGAAAAUCGACCAGAA